AUUACUGAUUACCACCCCUUCGCUGUUUUUGUCUUAUUCUAACCAUUAACAUUUCUACACUCUUUCAGACUUCAGUGCUAGUUUCAUAACCCAGAUCUCUCUCUGUUUUGCCCUCUCUCUCUCUCUCUCUGCUCAUUUUAAUUAGUUAUAACCUGAAUAGUCAUGAAGACUGGCAUCAACAACAAUACCAAGGUCAUCCUCAUCCAUCCCUCCUCCAUUCACAAGCAAGGAGGAUCUCACCGUCUUUGGCUUCUAGCUUUCGUCUCCUUCUUCACGUUUGCCUUCCUUUUCACUCUAUUCAAUAUUAGAGAUUCAGCGAGAGCAACCGCCGCCGCCGCCAUAACCACCUCUUCUUCCUUCUCGGGUCAACCACAGCUGCCAAAGAGCGUUGCCGAUGCCCUCCUCCACUACACCUCCAACUCCAACGCCACCGGCCGUAUGUCGGACGCGGAGCUCAAGUCAAUUGCGGACGUACUCCAACGCUGCCCCACCCCCUGCAAUUUCCUCGUAUUCGGUCUGACCCACGAGACCCUCCUAUGGAAAGCCCUGAAUCACAACGGACGAACGGUCUUCCUCGACGAAAGCGAGUACUACAUCGUGAAAUUCGAAGAAAAACACCCUGACAUGGAAGCAUACGACAUCCAGUACACGACCAAGGUGAGCCAAAUGAAGGAGCUCAUCGCGUCGGCCAGGGAGCAACUCCACAACGAAUGCCGACCCGUACAGAACCUGUUGUUCUCCGACUGCAAGCUUGGGAUCAAUGACCUCCCAAAUCACUUGUACGAGGUGAAUUGGGACGUGAUACUGGUGGAUGGACCGCGGGGUUAUCAUCCAUCGGCGCCGGGACGUAUGUCGGCGAUCUUCACGGCAGGGGUUCUGGCAAGGAGCAAGAGGAGCGGGGAUCCAAAGACGCACGUGUACGUCCACGACUUCAAUAGGGAAGUAGAAAGAGUUUGCAGCAAUGAAUUCCUGUGCAAAGAGAACCUGGUUGAGUCCAAGGACCUGUUGGGGCAUUUCGUACUGGAAAGAAUGGACCCGAAGACUUUCCGGUUCUGUGGCAACACUACAACAUCGUUACCGUCUGUAUCAUCAUCGUCGUCGUCGUCAUAUAAGAGUAUCAUGAAUCGAUGAUUAUGGACCUAAUGGUCUCUGUUUUCAUGUUUGUAAUACUUUUACAUGUAUUCUUUGUGUUUUUUUUUUUUUGCCUAAUUAAUACCGUGUAUUUCAUGAAUCAUGGUAGAAUUAAGGUUGAAAAAAGAGAAAGAAGAUGAAAUAUGUGAGAGGUUUUAAGUUUUAACUUUUAAUAUUGGCUACUGAAGAGCCGGCCGGAAGCGAGUGUCGGUGGAGAGA